AUGGCACCGUGUUCCGAGUGGCAGGUGAACACAGAGAUUGCGGUGGAGAAGUACAGCAGUGUGACGGAGGAUGGCAAGGCCAGGGGCUUUGCCACAGGGCAGGCGGUGAGCGUGGCGCUGCAGAGAGGGGCGUCGGCCGCUGUGUUUGCACCCGCGUGGGUGUAUGAGACUCGCACGGGGGAGAGCUUUGAUGCGGCGCAGGAGAGGGAGAGGAAUGGGGAGGAGGUGGGAGGAGGGGAAGGUGUGGUGGGAAGGGGAAGAUGGGGAUUGUGCAGGGAUGGGGAUGAUUUAUUCUCUCUCCUCCUGCCCCCCCGCCCUUGCCCCUUCUCUUUCCCCCCACCAGGCUAUGGCUCGGCAUUCGCACGGCCCUCCACUCGCGCUGCUCCCACACCCCUCCUUGCAACCACAGCACGGCGGGCAAGGGGAUGGGGCACAGGGGUGCAAGAGCGAGGCAUUGAGAAGGGGGAGCAGGCAGGUGGAAGGAUGAGUGUUGCAGGGGAGGGUGGGGAACGGGGAGCUGUGUGCGCAGGGGCUGUAGCAGGCGAGUGCAGUGUGGAGUGUGGGGGGGAGGAGGUGCGAGGCGGGUUUUCCGUCGUCACGUCCUUCGACCAAGCGUGUGCUCCCAUGCUAGCAUGCGCCCAUCUACGCAUUGCACCUAUGCUCCUGCCGAUCUGCACGUCUGUGCACACCAUGCCAUGCCUCUCUCACUGCACGUCCUCUUCGCGCCCUUCUUUGUAUUUUCUCCAAUGUCCCUCACUGCCAUGCCUCCAAUCCGCAUCACUCCUCCCCUUGCUUCCCUCCACUCCAUUUUCUUCCUCGAAUCCCUUUCCCUUCCCCCCUCACUUUCCACCCCCCCUCACUUUCCACCCCCCCUGCUCUUCUCCUCCCCUUUUCUCUUUUCCUUGCCCCUCACAUUUAACGCACACUCACAGCGUCCCCACACCGCCUCGUCCCCCCUCAUUCUUUUUCCCUUCCCUCCCUCAGGGCGUCGGCACCAACAUGUGGCUGUCUGACCGCCAGGUGGCGAGCUCCUGUUAG